CUGGCUGGAUGUGUUCUGAGGCCCAAGAGGUGCAGGGGCCCUGGGGGCUGGAAAUUGGGCAGCAGUGGGCUGUGACAAGUGUUGGCGGGGCUCAGGAGGGACCCAGCGCUGGGGAAAGGUAAGAGAGCGGGGUCCCAGCACUUAACUGAACUACCCUGACAAACCAGUGGCAGAGCCAGGGUCUAAAUUCAGGAGCUGCUAGGAGAUGCUGCUGUGGUCAUUGCUGCUGCUCCUCUUGCUGCCGCCGCUGCUGCUGCUACUGCUGCUGCUGCUGCCAUCCCAGGCUGCCAGGCUGUCAUGGCUUGCCAGCCUCCAGCACCGUGUGGCAUGGGGGGCUCUGGGCUGGGCAGCCGCUUGGCAGCAGCGGAGACUGGAACAGAGCACAAGACACGUGGGCCAGAGCCAGCAGCGGGCCCUGAGCAGGUGCCUGCAGGGUGCCCAGCGGUCCGGCUGCCCACCCAGGGGAAGCGCAGAUGUUAGCACCUUCCAGAAGCGUUUCCCUCUAAUCCGGGCCAGUCGGAUCCAGGAGGAGAAUGGAGGGCAACUUCGGGCACCGACCUCAAACCAGGGCCAGGGAGAAGCCUUUCUGCAGGCCACCUUGCUGGGUCUGACAGUCCUUAAAAAGGCCCACCCAGAGGUGCUGGCUCCAGGCAGCAUUGCCCGUGUGACCCCUACAUCCCCCUGGCCCAGCCCCCUCCCGUGGCCCCUGCGGGCUCUGGAUCAGGCUGCCCUCCCAGGGGUUAAGGGCCCUGGGGCCCUGCUGCUGGAGGCGCUGAGGCGCCCUGGGCUGAGGGUGCUGGAGGCCGGGACCGCGGUGGAACUGCUGGACGUCUUCUUGGGCCUGGAGGCCGAUGGGGAAGAGUGGGCUAAAGCAGUAGCUGCAGGGACUCCAGGAGCGCCGCUCCCCAGCCGGGCGGCAGAGCUGCAGCAGGCCCUGGAAGGAGGGCCCCGAGGACUGGCCCUCCGGCUCUGGCCAAAGCUGCAGGUGGUGGUCACUCUGGACUCAGGCGGCCAGGCCGAGGCGGUGGCUGCCCUGGGGGCCUUAUGGUGCCAAGGGCUUACCUUCUUCUCACCUGGCUAUGCUGCCUCUGGAGGGGUGGUGGGCUUGAACCUGUGGCCAGAGCAGCCUCAUGGACUCUACCUCCUCCCGCCGGGGAUCCCCUUCACUGAGCUGCUACCAGUCCAGGAGGGAGUCCGGGGGGAGACUGACUCCACCGUCCUGCUGGCCGAGGCCCAGAGGGGUUCAGAAUAUGAGCUGGUGCUGACGGACCCCACCAGCCUUACCAGGUGCUGCCUGGGCGAUGUGAUCCAGGUGGUUGGUGCCCACAACCAGUGUCCCAUUGUCAGGUUUGUCUACAGGCUGGGUCAGGCUCUGAGUGUGCGUGGGGAAAACAUGGCCGAGGACGUGUUCUCCGAGGCCCUGCGCCGGGCAGUGGGGCAGUGGCCGGGGGCCAAGCUGCUGGACCAUGUCUGUGUGGAGAGCAGCAUUCUGGACUCUUCACAGGGCUCUGCGCCCCACUAUGAGGUGUUUGUGGAGCUGAGGGGGCUCAGGAAUCUGUCGGAGGAACAUCGAGACAAGUUGGACCACUGUCUUCAGAGCGCCUCUCCUAGCUACAAGUCACUGCGGUUCCGGGGCAGCGUGGGCCUUGCCAGAGUCCACCUGGUGGGACGGGGGACCUUCAGAGCACUCCGGGAGGCCCUCACUGCCGCCCCUUCCUCCCCCUUCCCUCCUGAGAUGCCCCGGGUCCUUAGACACAGAGACCUGGCCCAGGUCCUGCAGAGGAGAGUCGUGUCCUGAGCCAGGCCUGCCCAUCACCCUGGCCCCCUUCCAAGGCCACCUCGUUCUUUUCUCUGGGGUCUCACUGGAUGCGAUGGUGGAGGGAGCUCUCGGCUAGGUUCUCUGAGUCCCCUGACUAUGUGCUGCAGAGCUGCCGGCCUUGAGGGGAGCCUAGCCCACCCAGUCUAUCCUGAGGGCACAGACGCCAGCCGGCCCCUGGCCCCAGCCUCCUGAAGGACAUUCCAAGAAAGUUCCCUUGCACGCUUUGCCUACAUUCUCUGGCCACAGUGGCUGGCUUGGCUAGUGCACUGGGCAGCCUGGGAAGUACGGGGUAACUGAUGUCGUCAGAAGCUGCCUCCGUCAGGUCAGUGGGCAGCACGAGCUGGUGACUCAAGAGCUGGUGUCUCCCACCCAGUUGAGCAGAAGCCCGUCCCCGGUCCCCCACUGCAGUGAUCUACUCAGCCAGCACCCCUACUGCUUGUCCCCUCUUCACUGCCCACCCUCCUCUCACCGUGUGCCCGGGGCCCACCUCCCAAUAAAGCACCGGCACCCA